AAUUCAAACUUCAAUGGAAGUUCAGUUAACUCACUAACUUAUUAUUCAGUCUCUAUUUCUGAACACGCUUUUCAUAUGAUAUAUGAUCUUCGUCAAAAUCAAAAUCAAAAACUCAAACCCUAAAAUUUCAUAAUAAUGGACGAUUCCGACGGUGGCCUCAGCUUCGACUUCGAAGGAGGCCUCGACACUGUCCCAACUAAUCCCGCCGCCGCCAUCCCUUCAAUUCCCUCCGACAAUUCCGCCGCCAACUCCUCCCUCCUCGUCGCCGCCGCCAACAAUUCAACCUUCCCUGCCGCGGCUUCAACCGACGCAGCUUCCGCAGCCGCCGCCUCUGCAAACAAUCAGGCAGGACGGCGGAGCUUCCGGCAGACAGUAUGCCGGCAUUGGCUUCGAAGUCUAUGCAUGAAGGGCGACGCCUGUGGUUUCUUACAUCAAUACGACAAGUCGCGGAUGCCGGUUUGCCGGUUUUUUAGGCUUUAUGGAGAGUGCAGGGAGCAAGAUUGUGUGUAUAAGCACACCAAUGAGGAUAUAAAGGAGUGCAAUAUGUACAAGUUAGGGUUUUGCCCAAAUGGUCCUGAUUGUCGGUAUAGGCAUGCUAAGUUACCUGGACCUCCACCUCCUGUGGAAGAAGUCCUUCAGAAGAUUCAGCAAUUAAAUUCUUAUAAUUAUGGAUCCUCAAAUAAAUUUUUCCAACAUAAGGGUGCUGGUUUUCAGCAACAGGCGGAUAAUAAAUCUCAAUUUUCACACGGUCCAAACAAUGUGGCUCAAGGAUUGGCAACAAAACCCUCGGGAACAGAAUCAGCCAAUGCACAUAUGCCUCAGCAGCAGCAGCAACAACAGUUAGGGCAAGGACAACUGUCUCAACAGCUGGUCGCUCAGAAUCCAACACAAAAUCCUCCAAAUGGACAGCCCAUUCAGCCGAACAAAACUGCAAUUCCUUUGCCCCAAGGAAUAUCUAGGUAUUUUAUCGUUAAAAGUUGCAAUCGUGAAAAUUUGGAAUUAUCUGUCCAACAAGGACUUUGGGCGACUCAAAGGAGCAAUGAAGCUAAAUUAAAUGAAGCUUUUGACUCUGCUGAAAAUGUGAUUUUGAUUUUCUCAGUCAAUCGGACUCGGCAUUUCCAGGGAUGUGCAAAGAUGACAUCAAAAAUUGGUGCCAAUGUUGGUGGAGGAAACUGGAAAUAUGCACAUGGAACUGCACAUUAUGGACGGAACUUCUCAGUAAAAUGGUUGAAGCUAUGUGAAUUAUCAUUCCACAAAACUCGCCACCUGAGGAACCCAUACAACGAGAACUUGCCGGUGAAGAUUAGUAGAGAUUGUCAAGAGCUAGAGCCCUCAGUUGGUGCGAUGUUAGCUUCCUUACUUUAUGACGAGCCAGAUAGUGAACUCAUGGCAAUUUCACUAGCAGCGGAAGCAAAAAGGGAAGAGGAAAAAGCAAAGGGUGUUAAUCCAGAAAAUGGAGGUAAUAACCCGGACAUCGUUCCAUUUGAAGACAAUGAAGAAGAAGAAGAAGAAGAAGAGGAAGAGAGUGAUGAGGAGGAUGACAGCUUUGACCAGGCUCUCGGACCAGCAGGUCAAGGGCGAGGCCGGGGCAGGGGAAUGAUGUGGCCUCACAUGCCAAUGCCUCGUGGUGCAAGACCAAUGCCUGGGAUGCGAGGUUUCCCCCCCAUGAUGAUGGGUGCUGAUGGCUUUCCAUAUGGACAUGCUACUCCUGAUGGCUUUGGAAUGCCUGAUCUUUUUGGUCGGGGAUUUUCCCCGUAUGGUCCAAGGUUUUCUGGUGAUUUUACAGUUCCACCGACUGGUAUGAUGUUUCCUGGGAGACCUCCCCAGCCCGGGGCUGUGUUUCCACCUGGUGGAUUUGGCAUGAUGAUGGGACCAGGGCGGGGGCCUUUUAUGGGUGGGAUGGGCCCCAAUGCUACAAAUCAACUUCGUGGCAAUCGGCCAGGUGGUAUGACAUUUCCGCCAUUUCCUGCCCCAUCCACUCAAAACAGCAGCAGAAUUAUUAAGAGAGAUCCGAGGACAGCAAAUAAUGACCGAUACAGUACCGGAUCAGAUCAAGGCAGGAUUACAGCUGGAGGACCAGACGAGUACCAGCAAGAUGGAUUAAAGGCUUCCCAUGAAGAUCAACAUGGUGCAGGAAAUAACUUUAGAAAUGAUGAGAGUGAAAGUGAGGAUGAGGCACCAAGGAGAUCGAGGCACGGGGAAGGUAAGAAGAAGCGACGAGGCUCAGAAGGUGACGGAACUCCAGGCUCCGACAACUAAUGGUAACUAAAUUACUAGACCUACUUACACAUUGCUCAUUUUCCGACACCAUUCUUAAUAGCUACCUUAUGAAUUUGAUUAUGUUAUAAAUUCCCCAUACCUCAUUUACUUUUAAUUUAGAAACGCGCGGGGAAAGAUAAGUCUGGGAAGUGAAUCUUUUUGACAUUGUUUGUUACCUCUUUUUCUUUUUGUUCUCUAUGUUUAUUUCCGAAAGUUCACAUGUUCGAUCAUAUAAAUGUAUAUAGGCAACUCUGUGUAUAAAUUUAUCUUUGUUUUUUUUCUUCCAAGGAAAUGGAAGCUGGUGAAUUAAUUGUUUUUGAAGACAUUAAA